CUCAGUUAUAUCGACCUCUCGUCCAACCAGCUCUCCGGCGAGAUUCCGGUGGCGCUACAGACCGAGGCAUGAUCCUUAUUUGAAUCUAACUUUUAUGGAUUCUUGGAUGUAGGGGGACUGACUUAGGGAAGAUGUUGGCGUCAACCAAUUCUUGUCAUGAACGAUAACGCCUUCUCCGGCACGCUUCCCCACAAACUCCCACCGAAGCUUUCGUGGUUAGAAAUCGUAGACAAUCGAUUCACCGGCAAAAUUCCCUCCUCCGCUCCCAGCUUGGUGGUGUUCUUGGCCAGCAACAACAUGUUCUCCGGCGAGCUCCCCUCCAACCUAGCUGGACUUUCAACACUCCAACUCUUAAAUCUGGGAAACAAUAUGAUCUCCGGAAGAAUUCCGGAGGAUAUUUCAUUGCUGAAGUCACUCGCCGAGCUCAAUCUACGCCAAAACCAGCUAACAGGAGAGAUUCCGACGUCGAUCGGGUCGCUGAAGCAACUGAUAUCGAUGGAUCUAUCGGGCAACGAGCUCUCCGGCUCAAUCCCAUCAGAGAUGGGUAAUCUGAAGCUCAGUUAUAUCGACCUCUCGUCCAACCAGCUCUCCGGCGAGAUUCCGGUGGCGCUACAGACCGAGGCAUUCGACCAAAGCUUCCUCUCCAACCCAGGACUUUGCGCCUCCAAUUCUCUUCUCAGCGUCCCCACCUGCGCGACCAGGGAUCACAACUUACUCUCUCGCCUUGGCCUUCGCAUCCUCUUGCUCGCUCUGGGCGCGCUUGUGUUCUUGACCGCGGCGACGCUGUUCUCCAUCUGCGUGAUCGGGAAGAACAGGAAGAGGAGGCAUCUCGCCGCAUGGACGCUGACCCCUUUCCACUCGUUGGACUUCACGAAAUCCGACAUCGUAAAUGGAAUCAAGGAGGAGAAUCUCAUCGGCGUGGGCGGCGCUGGUAAGGUCUACAGGGUCACUCUGGGAAACCGGGCCAGCGAGAUCGUGGCCGCCAAGAAGAUUUGGAACGGCGGGAAUCUGGACGGCAGGCUAGAGAAGCAAUUCCAGGCAGAGCUGCAGAUCUUGGGAUCCAUCAGGCACAAGAACAUCAUCAAGCUGCUCUGCUGUUGCUCCAGCCUCGACUCCAACCUGCUGGUGUACGAGUACAUGGAGAACGGGAGCUUGCACAAGUGGCUGCACAAGAAACACAUGGCGGCCGGCGGAUCACCGCACGAGACGCCACUGGAUUGGCCAAGGAGGCUGGAGAUCGCCAUCGGGUCGGCCCGAGGGUUGUGCUACAUGCACCACGAUUGCUCGCCGCCCAUCAUACAUCGAGACGUGAAGUCGAGCAACAUCUUGUUGGACUCGGAAUUCAACGUUAAGAUCGCCGACUUCGGGUUGGCGCGGAUGGUGGCUAAGCCCGGUGAGCCCGAUACGGCAUCCGUCGUCGCCGGGUCGCAUGGCUACAUUGCUCCAGAGUGCGGGUACAGCAGAAGGUUGUACGAGAAAGUGGACGUGUACAGCUUCGGGGUGGUUCUUCUGGAGCUGACAACGGGAAGGGAGGCAUACGACGGCGGUGACGAUCAGUGUAACCUGGCAGAAUGGUCCCGGCGACACCUUCAAGAAGGUGGAGAACCAGGCGAUGCCAUCGACCCGGAGCUACGAGGCUCAUCGCACGUAGACGACAUGGCGACGGUGUUCGAGUUGGGCGUCCUCUGCACGGAGACUUCGCCUUCGCAAAGGCCUUCGAUGAAGGAAGUGUCUCGAUUCCUGGUGCGAUGCAAGAGGGCCUGAAACGAAGCCCUGUGGAGUGGCUCAACUUCCCAAAGCGAAGGAAGGUGGCUUUCCAAACAUUUGAGCAGUGACUGAUGUCCACUGCAGCUGCAUGAUUGAUCGACAACCAAAUGACAUAGAACAUGAUUUUUCUCAUCAUCGUCGCAAGAAGCAGUUCUGUUUGUUAGAAGAUCAAAUUAGGAAACAGAACAUAGCCAAGCAUGCAUCAAAGUGUAGAAGAACACCUCUGUUACAGAGAAAUACUGGCACAGCAUCAGCUGCAGACUGGAGACCAAUCCACAAGAUUUGUGAAGGGAUCAGAUCUCCUCUUAUUUGCCAAUAGUGAAGAGACGAUAGCAAAAAGGAUACAAACAUAUGGCGGCAGCGGUGGAAACAGCAACCUCUGUAAAUAAAUUCUCGCUUUUUCUUUCCUUCUGCGAGAUUGACUACCAUCUUGUUUCCGCAACAUUAAAUUAACAAGUCCUUCAUAAAAACAA